AUACAACGAGUAGACCAUAGGCAGGAAAGAGAAAAAGGCAAAAGGCAGCAGUGUCUUCCACAGAGUUUAGCUUCUCGCAUCCUACAAAAAAAAUAGUUUAGCUUCUCGCAAGACGCAUAGUCGACGACAAUGGGGCGUUGGUUGAAGCCAGAUGUUUACCCACUGAUCGCCGCCAUGUCGCUGGUGACGGGGAUGUGCGUCUUCCAGCUAACCAGGAACGUCUUCCUCAACCCGGACGUCAGGAUCAGCAAGAGCCACCGGCAGAGCGCGGUGCUGGAGAACGCGGAGGAGGGCGAGCGUUACAGCCAGCACGCCUUCCGCCGCUACGUCAGCGCGCACCGCCCGGAGGUCUUCCCCGCCAUCAACCGCUUCUUCUCCGAGUCCAGCAAGUGAUCAACGACGUUAUAUAUGUCGAACUGGGUGCAUGAAUGUGUCUAUAUGUGUCGCGUGUGACUGUAGUCCCGCUUGUGGGCUACCGCGGGGUGCGGAACGUUUGGGUCAAAUCAUGUCCGGAGAGUAGUCCCGUUUUGUAUUUUAUUUCGUCCGAACUAUCUUGUUAAAACUCUUCUACUUAAUUAAUAGAUUGAUCACGUCUUAAUUUGCGGUUUA